AUGACCGAGUCCAGUCAUGACGGAGAGAGCAUGCCCAAGGGCCACGAGCUUCGGUCCGCUCGAACAACGUUUCGGUUCGCCAGCUCCAAGCUCAGGAUUAUCAAGAAUCCGGUCCGGAAGAACGCGCACGGCGAAGAAGGCGAAAAUUUGAUCGCGGACGACCAUCAUCACAGCGAACCGAACCAGACUGGCGACCCUGACGAUUCUCCGCUGCAAUUCACCAAGAGAGAGGCAGCAUCGACAUCCGAGCUAUUCUAUGACUUGUGGUUCGUGGCCAACCUCAACGUCUUCGCAACCGUCCACCCCAUCAUAGACACAGAAAACCUGAUAUCAUUUGUGAAUUAUUUCCUGCAAGUUCCUCAAGCCUAUUUUGCCAACUUUUUGCUCUACUCCGAUGGCGUGCUUGAGCGCAUGGCCCGCGCGUGCCAUCUCGCUGUUAUGAUCGGCUUCGCAGUGGCAGGUGUUGCUUUCGAUCGAGACGGGCUCGUCCAGACUAUUUUCAGAGCAAUGUCACUCUGUUUCAUGGCAUCGAGGCUUGUUCUCACCGCACAAUAUGCCAUUGUUCUGUUCCACGUACGCAAACACCGUCGGAGCCGAAAUUCACUCCUCCUUGCUGUUGCUCUGCACCUUUUCCCCGCAAUUGCGUACUUGCUUAUCGCUGUUCUCUCGACGAUGCUACCCCGCAAGGUCUUGUUCAUGGUCUGGUACAUUGUGGCCGUUGGAGAAAUGGUUGGCGUUAUUCUCCAUGCCACGUUCUCCAAGACCCUCAGCUUCUCUGGAACUCACUUCAACGAGCGCCUGAAUCUCCUUACUUUGAUCAUCCUCGGAGAAGGUGUCAUCAUUCUUGCGAAAAAUGUCACUAAAAUUGUCGAGUACACCUACCUUAAAGAUGCAACUGCUAGUUGGUCGUCUGCGCAAUUUGGAAUCAUUACAUGUGCAGCGGGCAUUAUUUACAUCAUAUUUCAACUCUACUUCGACUGGAUGCAUCACCACAGUCAUAUGGGUGCAUUGAACCAGGCUUUCUGGACAAUAAUCCAUCUACCCUUCCACGUUGCUCUCGUUUUGCUAGCUGAAGGUAGCAGCCAGUGGGUUUUGUGGUGGCGCGCCAUCGAGUCAUUCCGCGGCGCAGAAGCAAAGCUCCGCAAGAAUGUACUAGAGGCGACAGAAACUAAUAGUACGGCCAAGGUAGUCCACGCACUGAACACUACUGCAAACCAGAUCUUGUACAAGUACGGUUCUGAAAUCGCAGAGGGUGGCGAUGAUGCUAAGCCGCUCAACCAAACAUUGACCAAGAUCCUCAACAUCCCUGACAGCUUCUGGAGCGAAGCACCUUGGGAGGAGACCGACUCUACUUACCAAACAUGGGCCAGUGCAUACACAAAGGUAUCAAAUAUCAUAAUACACGCAAUUGGCGAUGCCUUUGGCCUCUCUGUUGAGAAAGAUAGCAAAACAAAAUCGUUGGACGCCAACGAGUUGGACAGAGCAGAGUUGGAAGCAGUGCGAUCAACGGCAGACCGACUUGUACUCAUCUUCAUAUAUGUGUUCCUCAGCGCUGGAAUGGUCCUGAUACUGUUGAUGGUAAUGCAUCUCCUUUCAAAGAGAAGGGGAUGGUCCAUAUUCAACAUGUUUCGUGUCGCUCUUGUCCUUGCCAUCGGACUUGGUCUCAACCUUGUGGCCCUUGUGGGAACCAAUGCUGAGUAUACGGCCAAUUUCCUUUUAACACCUUGGCAGUUGCCGACGAUUACGAUUUGCUACUUGAUCGUCCUCAUCCUGACCCAUCUCCCUCAUCCGCCACGUAUCUUCAUCAAGCGUCCUGAAACUGAAGUGGUAGAGAUGGGGGUAAUACCCGAGCAACAAUCACCAAACGAGGCGGAGAGCAACGUACCGCAAGGCAACACGCUGAGACGAGGAUUGACCAAGAUGCAUCGAGCAGCAAAGAACAUCCGCGUUGAACGAGGACCGUACGAUCCUAUCGUGGAAGACGAUCUUUUCUUUGAGCGGACUGGUCCUGUGAGUUCACAGAAUUUGUAUAGAGUGUAG